UAAUUCUCUGUUGCAUGUAGUUCAAGACAGCAUCCUGGCGUUGUAGUAGUAAUGCAAAUAAAGGUCAACAAAAUUAGCAUGUAACAAAAGGGAAAAUAUACUUUAUUAAUAUGUGAGAAAAUUAAUUGGCCUUUGAAAAAAAUCAGGACCUCUGAUGCGUUACACCACUGUCGUAAAACGUCUCUGUCUGGUGUUGCAAUGGCGUUUGCUGCGACAGCACUUUGCGGCAGCAGGGAAAUCGAGGAGAAAGCAGCGACUAUCGUCGCCAGCGGAGAUAUUAUCGCCUCAGUAAUCCUCGGAUUUAUGCAAUAUUCGGUGAAGUAACGUGUAUAUUGAUUUUAUUUCCCUGCGCCUUGUGAAUGAGAUUGUGUUCAACGUUUUCCAAGCGUGAAUCUCCACCUUAAUGCGGUGGGAUGGCCACAGUGCCGCCUGGGCCUAGUAGCGCACUGCCCGCAUCCCCGGCUGAAGUUCCUCCUUUCCCCGGGGCUGGGAGCGCGGAGCCGGCGGGGGAAGACGGAGAGCCGGCCUCUCACAGGGACGAGUGUGUCCCCGCCGGUACAGGGAAGAAGUCUCAGCCGUUAACCGAAGUCAAAGGGUCGGUUAAGAAGAAGCAGAAAAACAUGCUAGCCCGAGCUAGCCCGGCGGCGCUGCACCUUAAAAUGCAAGCCCGGGAGCAGCAGCAGUUGAACGGCUUGGCCAGUCCCUCAGAGGACGCCGACGGCCACCAGCACACAGGAAACCGGCCUGACAACCCGAGACCGUCCGUGGACAACUGUGACAGCAGCGGCAGCAAUGAGGAGGCUUCAGCCGCCAGAAACAAUAGUGAGCACUGCCAACACGAAGGCCACAGCCCCUGCUCUAAAAACGGCAGUCACUCUCCCCUGGUUAACAACAGCAUGAACGGGAUGCCGGGGUUCACAAGAACUGAGGCGGCCCAUAUCCACCCCGAGGACGGAGGGAAAGAGGAGGAGUUUGACCAUACGGAGCCCCCGAGACCGCCGAGCGACGUGCCGCCGGACGCCGCCGGGCCCGGCGGAGAGGAGAGCCCCGCUGACCUGCAGCAGCAGCCGCCAGCGGCAGAGCUGGCCCGGCUGGACCUGAGCAGCUCUCCUGGCCGAGCGGAAGAAGAAAGCCACGGCAUCCGCUAUGUCCGCUACGAGUCCGAGCUGCAGAUGCCGUGGAUCAUGAGACUGAUCACCAAGGACUUGUCUGAGCCUUAUUCCAUUUACACGUACAGGUACUUCAUCCACAACUGGCCGCAGCUCUGCUUUCUGGCCAUGGUGGAGCAGGAGUGUGUCGGAGCCAUUGUAUGUAAGCUUGACAUGCACAAGAAGAUGUUCCGACGUGGCUACAUCGCCAUGCUGGCCGUGGACUCGAAACACAGAAGGAAAAGCAUCGGUACUAAUCUGGUGAAGAAGGCCAUCUAUGCCAUGGUGGAGGGUGACUGUGACGAGGUUGUAUUAGAGACCGAGAUCACCAACAAAUCAGCCCUGAAGCUCUACGAGAACUUGGGUUUUGUCAGAGACAAGCGGCUGUUCAGAUACUACCUGAACGGAGUGGACGCACUGCGGCUCAAACUGUGGCUCCGCUAGAGGAAAGAAGAGGGGACAGGGGAGGACGGGACAGCAGAGUUCAUGACGGAUAUGCUUUGCCCGGAGGAUGCAGAGCUUCUCUUGCAGCUUGCACAAAAAUGCAAGACGCACGAAUACAAAUUCGGGGUAGUCUUGCGUGGAAAGCAAGCUGAAGGAGAGGCUUGUUGUUGUGCAGCUCAACGUCACAGACUGAAAGUCUCUGUCUUCUCUACGUGUGUCCGCCCGCCCGGGCUUCUGAAGUGCUGCCACCAAAUGCUUCAAAUCUGCACGGAUUCAUUAAAACUGACGGGUUCAGCCUCUGA